AUGCGAGCGGUGGGGAAAACGGUGUAUGCUGUGGCAGCUACGAAAAAUAUUAUAAGAAAUGUAGCAGUGAACAGCUCAGCAAUAAAUACGAGCGAAAACAUACAAGGAAAAUCAUGGACGGAAAUUCCUGGACCAUCUUCUUUGCCCAUCAUCGGACAGAUGCUACACUUUUUACCAGGAGGUGAACUAUCAGACCCUGUCAAAAUGCCGGAAAUCCUCUACAAAAGGUACGGGCCCAUUGUAAGAUUUGAUGGAAAAUUCGGGGCACCAACUCUGAUAUUCUUGCUAGAUGCAGAAGCGGCAGCUCAGGUGUUACGGAGCGAGAAUUGGAUGCCCAUCCGCCCUGGCUUCGCCAGCUUUGAACACUAUAGGAAGCUUAAAAACAAAGACAAGCCGAAUGAGCCUACAGGACUUAUUACAGACCAUGGUGAUGUUUGGAGGAAGUUUCGGACAACUGUAAACCCAAUUAUGCUGCAGCCUAAAACAAUAAAACUUUACAGCCACAUUUUAGCUGAAGUCGCAACAGAUAUGGUUGCCAGGAUGAAAUCGAAACGUAACGAGAAGAACAUGAUCGAAGGAAAAUUUGACGUAGAAAUGAAUCUAUGGGCUUUGGAAUCGAUCGGCGUGGUGGCACUGGGCGGUCGUCUCAACUGCCUCGAUCAAAACUUACCGGAAAAUUCGCCAGCAAGGAAACUCAUUCAGAACGUGCAUGAAAUUUUCAAAAUGGCGGACAAACUCGAUUUCAAACCGAGUCUGUGGAGGCAUAUCGGCACUCCGAAUUACUAUAAAGCGAUGCAGUGCUAUGAAGAUCAAACGAAUCUGAGCAAGUAUUUCAUCAACCAAGCAAGGGAGAAAUUCCAAGGCACCUCGAAAUCUGAUGAUGAAAAGGGGAUCCUGGAGAAACUCCUUGAAAUCGAUGAAAAGAUUGCUGUUAUAAUGGCCACCGACAUGUUGCUUGCUGGUGUUGACACUGCCGCAAACACAAUGACAGCGACCUUCUACUUGCUGGCGAAAAACCCGGAAAAACAAAAGAAGUUGAGGGAAGAGAUCCUAUCGGGAAAUGAGAAUAAACCAUAUCUCAAAGCCUGCAUCAAGGAAUCUCUGAGAGUCAUGCCGGUGGUGUCAGGGAACAUUCGAAUUGCAUCAAAGGAUUAUGACAUUUUGGGGUACAGGAUACCAAAGAAUAUGCACGUAACAUUUGGCCACCAAUUCCUAUCAGUAUCCGAACAGCAUUACCCAAAACCGAGGGAGUACAUUCCGGAGCGUUGGCUCGUUGACAAAUCCGACCCCUUGCAUUAUAGGAAUGCACACCCCUUCGCGUUCAACCCCUUCGGCUUUGGAGUAAGGAGCUGUAUAGGUCGAAGGAUAGCUGAACUGGAAGUAGAGACAUUUUUAUCGAAGGUCAUUGAAAACUUUGAAAUCGACUGGACUGGCCCACCGCCCAAUGUUAAACCAGCUGCGUUGAAUUACAUAGUUGGACCGUAUAAUUUCAUCUUUAAUGAUGUAAAAAAGUAA